GCUUUUACGAUACACUUCUUUCUAAGUAUAAUGUUUUCUUCCAUACUUUCGCUUACGCUUCUUAUAGCACUCUUCACUUCUCGUUCGCUAGCAGCUGUACGUGUCCGUCCGCUGGUGGGUGAUACUUCUAGUCUUUCGCGAGGGAAUCCGCUUCAUUCUUCCUCGCAAGUACACCAAACUUAUGCCUUCCAUCCAUCAUGUGCUAGAUAUGAAUACCGACCUGCCUUUGACGAAUCCCUACGGAUGGCUCGUCUAGCUCACCAGAGCCUGUUGAGGCAGCGUGGACCCCCGCGAGACCUUCGGUUUGCAUGGAACUGGAUCUUUGGACGAGUACCGGCUCAGAGCCAGGGCGAGAUCUUCGUACACGGACGUGAAGAGAUCCGGAACAACGUGCUGUACACGUUGGGUGAUAUUACCGCACUAGCAGAAGUUCCCUGGCAUAUGGCGGAGAUUCUCAUCUUUUGUGACGACAGCCGCUGGCAAUUAGCUCCGACUCGUGUGUUCACCCCUCAGGAGAUAAGCUCAUUUCCCGGAGGGCAUGUUCCCAGCAAUCUACUCAACUCUGAGCUUCCAGCAGUAUUCCAGACUUGGGUGGAUCCAGUGACCGGUUCAGAGGACCAAGGUGAGCUGUUCUUUUGCAGGGACGACAAUGAGGAAUUAUUCAUCAAUCGUUCCAACCAAAAACGGCGCAGUAGGCAUCGGGUCAUAAUCUCAUGGUGUGGGGAUAACUGGAAUAAACGCCCAAAGGAUUCCCGGCGUCUCAUUAGUGAUCUUUUAGAUUCCGAUCCGUCAGACUCCGAUCCGUCAGAUUCCGUUCCAGGUAGUUACCCCGGUAGCGUAGAGGCCGAGGAAGAGACUGAGACUACCCCGAUAGACCAGUUGGACUUGGAUCAUAUCUCCAAAUCGACUUUAAGUUCUUUAUUCCUACAGAUACUACUAGAAUCACUACGCCAACCAACCCUCCAUCAUACUUACACCUGGAGUGGAGUUCGUUUAUUAGCAUAUGGCGACCCACUAUUAGGGUCAACGAACACAAUGAGUAUUGUAUCCUACUGUAUUCUAUCUCUCUCACAAAGUAUGGGUCUUAGACUUGAUCAAAAUAAUCCGGAGAGUGGGAAGAUAGAACCCAUUCCAUAGGUAGCGAAUAAGUCUCAUAAAGGAGUCACGAAAAACAAUCUAAGAAAGUGAAAAUUUCAGAGAAAGAGUA